AUGACAAAGAAGUUCAAGUAUAAAGUUGGACAGGGUGGCUAUGGCAGCGUCUUUCAGGGAUGGUUGUUCAAUGGCACAGUAGUGGCCGUAAAGCUAAUGGAAAAAUCACAUAACGAUGGAGAAGAAUUUUGUAAUGAAGUUGCCACCAUUGGUAGGAUCCACCAUGUCAAUGUGGUUCGCCUUCUUGGCUUUUGCGUUGAAGGGUCUCAAAGAGCACUUGUAUAUGAAUUUAUGGCAAAUGGUUCACUUGAGAAGUUUACAAAUACCACAGAUGUAGGCCAUUGCGUGUUAAGGGAAAGGUUAUAUGAUACAGCACUAGGUAUCACUAGUGGUAUCACAACGGGAAUUGAAUAUCUACAUCAAGGCUGUGAUCAAAGAAUCAUCCACUUCGACAUCAAGUCGCAUAACAUUCUUCUAGACCACGACUUUACACCAAAGAUUUUUGAUUUUGGUCUUGACUAA